CCAUCGCCAAAACGUAAAGAACGCUUCAUUUUGCUUCAGACUAGUCCUAAGCGAGUAUCGGUGAGGGACCCGGGGUCGUACUGAGUAAAAUAAAUUAAGUGGGGAAGAGAUUUUUAAACGAAUAACCAUGGGACACAUUUUCAAAGCGACUGGAGAAAAGUACCCUGCUGGUUUCCAUGGCUGCAGUGAAGAGGCGGAGCCUCGCGCAUCUCUGGCUGGAACUUUAAGGUGGCUGGCGUUUCCUAUAGAAGAUCCAUAGCAGAUAGUCACACUCGAAGCGUAUCGGCAAACAGGUAGUGACGGGAUUCUGUCCACCUGGAGCAGACAGACAGACAGACAGAGGCAGACGAGGAGGCAAGCCAGGCAGCCAGAGAUGCACCAAGCUCUGCUAAUUUUCACCUCUUCCUUCCUUAUACUCCCGGCCCUGUGUACGAAUUACCUCAUGCAUCCUGGGCGGAGGGUGUGUUACAGAGGGGCAGAGCGCAGCACCUCGCUCUCACACACAGAGUCCUUUGUCCAGCCAGUGUACAAGCCCUACCUCACCCUUUGCGAAGGCCACAGACUCUGCAGUACCUACAGAACUUCCUACAGAGUGUCCUAUCGACAGAUCAUUAGGAAGCUGCCCCCACCAAUGCCAGAGUGCUGUCCUGGGUGGAGGAGAGUUAAUUCACACAGCUGUAACCAAGCUGUUUGUGCAAAGCCCUGUGCAAAUGGAGGAACCUGUGUGAAACCCAAUCGGUGUGCCUGCCCUCCAGGCUGGACUGGGAGUUACUGCCGCAAAGAUGUGGACGAGUGUAGCAGCGGGACCCAUGCCUGUGCCCAGCAGUGCCAGAACAUCGCUGGGAGUUACCAGUGUGGGUGUCAGGAGGGGUACCUGCUGAGUAGCGACAAGCGAUCUUGUGAGCAGGUGGAACAUCCAGUCCCAAACAAGACCACCGAUAAACUCAACAAUGCAGAUGAAGAGCCUGUGGAUUCAGAUCAAAUGAAGGAAGAGGUUCAGGACCUGAGGAGCAGAGUGGAGGUGCUGGAGAAGAAGCUGCAGUUGGUGCUCGCUCCCCUGCACAGUUUCACCUCCCUCUUUCUAGAGGAGGGCCUAGCGGAGCAGACAAGCCUCCUGUCCUACUCCUUCCAGCAGCUGGACCGCAUCGACUCCCUAAGUGAGCAGAUCGGCUUUCUGGAGGAGCGCCUCGAGACCUGUUCCUGCCGAGACAACAGAUAAUCUGAAGCCCUAAAAGCAUGAGAAAAUCGCUCUGCUCCUGUUGAUUGCAGCAGAAACACCACAGGAUCUUGUUAAAGAAAGGAAUUUAUUUCUGACUUGUGUGAUCCACUGCAAGAAGCUGAAUACAUACUGAAGAGCUUGAGGAACUGGGGUGAAGAGAAAGCUUCAUUUAAAGCAUGCAAAACCACAACAAUCACAUUAUUUGGCCAGAGUGGGAUCAAUGCGUUGUGUAAAGAAAUCCAUUAGAGAGACAUGUAAAUACAAAAGGUAUUAAAAGGGGAAGUCAUUUUGGCCGUAAUUAGAUUUUUUUUUUUUCAUUAAAUGCUGCUGCAAUGCAAGCUCUCCUCUGCAAUCUCAGUACCGUUUGAACUGUUCCCUUGGAGUCUGUAUAUAGGUAUUUAAGUUAUAAUUCUUGUACGUAUGUAGUAAAAGUUAACAAAAUAUAAUUCCAUAAAUGUUUUGUAUUUUUUUUUUUUUUU